AUGUUUGACUUUGAUGCGCUGGAGCAGUCGGAGGCGAGUGCGCAACUGGUGACUUUCUCUCAAGCCGAUUCCGGCGACCCUUUCACAGAGGGCUUGAACUUCCCCGUGGGAUCACUUCUCAAGUCGGUCGCUCCUGUGAGAAUGCGUGCAGAAACGAGUCUUGACAGCCGUUUGGUUUGCACGAUCCAGCCGGGACAGAUCGCUGAAGUGCAGGCUUGCUCCGGGCGGAGGCUGUUCAUCGUCUGUGGUGGACAGGAGGGUUGGGUGUCCGCCAUCGCGCUUGAUGCAACCAUCCUCUGGCAGCAGGAGAAUGGCAAUAGCUGGGAUCAGACUGAAGACCUUCGACAGACUCUCCGUGUGAGGCCAUUCCGAGAAGUUGAUCGUCCGUUUCUCCAGCGUAUCGAGGCGCAGUGCUUUGGGCUGCGAGAUCAGUCCUUGCAUCUGUGGCUGAUGGAAGCUGCAGCACCUGGUUCCCGCACGUGCGUCGAUGUUGCCGUUGUUGACACUGCAGUGGCGGGCUACUGUGCUUGGCGCCUCGAGGGCGAUCUGCACUCCCCGGUGCUCUACGUCCUCAGCUUAGCGGUGGAGGCAACCCAGCGCAGGCGGGGCUACGCCGAGGAGCUGCUUCGCCAUGCAAUAAAGCGCGGCGAGAGCAGCGGUGCGGCUGCCGCGACAUUGCAUGUGCGUGUCGACAACAAGCCGGCCAACUCUUUGUACUCUCGCUUAGGCUUUGUUCUCGUUGCUCACGUUCACGACUACUACGGAAAUUGCGAUGCUUGGGAGCUGUUGAGGGAGCUACCUGCCAUGGUGAAGCGCACAGUGGAUCACACACUGGUGCUGAAACUGCGUGCUGAAGGAUUUCCCCAGAUCUGUGUGAUCCGUAUGCUGCAGUGGACACACAACAGCGAGGCCAUGGCCGCCCUGCUGGCAGCUGGUGAGGUGCCCAUCGUGGACUGCCAGGAUGUCAUGCGUCAGGGUGGCCGAGCGUUGGGCAGCAGCUGCCGCAUU